AUGCCUCUGACAGCAGCUUGGAGAGCCUGGGUCCUGCACCCGCUGCAGGGCAGCUCGCCCCUUGGGCUCCAGACCAGGGAAUCCCCGUCUCUGGCCCACGGCUCUGCGUAUUGGUACCGGCCUGAGCCCGAGCUGGAGCAUGUGAGCCGGGAUGUCACCGGGGAGCCCUUUGAGCGUAAGAGGGAGGAGACGAUGCAGAACCUCAACGACCGCCUGGCUGCCUACCUGGACAAGGUGCGAGCCCUGGAGGAGGCCAACACUGACCUGGAGGUCAAGAUCAGGGAAUGGUACAAGAAGCAGGGACCUGGCCCAGACCGUGACUACAGCCCCUACUACAGGACCAUCGAGGAGCUCAGGAACAAGGUCCUGGUGGCCACAGUCGACAAUGCUAACCUCCUCCUGCAGAUUGACAACGCCAGGCUGACGGCUGAUGACUUCAGGACCAAGUUUGAGACGGAGCAGGCUCUGCGCCUGAGCGUGGAGGCCGACAUCAACGGCCUGCGCAGAGUCCUGGAUGAGCUGACCCUGGCCAGAGCUGACCUGGAGAUGCAGAUCGAGAACCUGAAGGAGGAGCUGGCCUACCUCAAGAAGAACCACGAGGAGGAAAUGAAUGCCCUG